AUGCGAUUUUGUUUUCGGCGUUCAAGUCCGAGUUGUUUGACAUCGCGUCCAACGCGGGCCUGGGGCGAGCAUCAAGUUGAAGCUGGGUCAGACCGUCUCCUUCGGCACGACCAAGAACCGCUCGACUACUUUCCGUCUUCUAGGUCACCUGAGCUCGAUCACUUGCUCACGUUCGACGAAUGGCACCCGGCCUUGUUCCUGUACGCCACGCUGAUGGCUAACAUCUUCAACAAAAAAAAAGCCCAACGCGAGUAA